AAUAUGUACAUACAAAUACAAGUUUUUCGAAAUUGAGAUUCCUUUUUAUGGAUGACUUGAUUUUGCAAUUAAUUCAUGAUUAACGUGUGACGUUAUUAAAAGCUUGAUAACGAAGCCCUUAUUUGGGAUCGAUGAUAUUUCAAAGCAGUAGAGCAGAUGACGCCCGUGCUACUGUCAUAUAGAAACUGAAACAAUCUGAAUCUGACAGCGUUGAAUUUGACAGCAAUCAGGUGUUUUUAUUAUUAUUUUACUUAAUCGUAAAGUUGUGAGAUGGAAACUGAUGAUCAGGAUACCAAUGACGACUAUUAUUUGGAAUUAUCAUGUGAUCCAAUUAAGUUUGAGUCGAUUAGUUCUCUAACAAAUGUAUUCUUUGACGAUUCUAAACAACAGGUAUUUGCAGUUCGAUCAGGAGGUGUAACAGGUGUUUCAGUUAAGGGACCAAAUCUAAACAUAAAUUUUCGAAUGGAAGAUAAGGGUGCAGUGAUAUCUAUAAAAUUUUCUCCCGAUAUGAAUAUACUGGCCAUACAACGUUCGAAUUCUUCAGUUGAAUUUGUUAAUUAUUCUCCUGUUGUUGGGCUUGAUAAUAUAGAAUAUUCGCAACCGUGUAAAGGAAAAAAUGCCAGUAUAUUGGGAUUUGUUUGGACGCAUGGAAAUGAAAUAUUACUCGUUACCGAUUAUGGAGUAGAAUUGUUUCAAGUAAAUCCGGAAAAACGAACUGUCAGAGUUUUGAAAUGUUUAAGUUUAGGGGUAAAUUGGUUUGUAUUUUGUCCACAAAGUUAUUUAGUUUUACUAUCAUCUGGUACGGCAGGGAAUCAAAUGCAAGCAUUGCACGUAACACCUGGAAAUCUUCAUAAACUAACAAAAUUUGAAAUGGAAACUGGUUCAACAAAACCAGGUAAACUGGCCGUUUCCGAAAGAGACGUAGCUUUGGCAGUUUUGUACGGUACACCCUGUAUUAUUCUGCUACGACAUCAACCAGGGGCUAAUCGUUCAACGGGAUCUGCUUCCGUAUAUGUAUAUACCGUUCAUAAAAUGACAACAAUCAGAAGAAGUCAUAUUUUAAAGCUUGACGUCAGCGGCAGAUUUGCCAUUAACGUUGUAGAUAAUCUUAUAAUUGUUCACCAUCAAGCAUCAAAGACAUCGAUGAUUUUUGAUAUCAUGUUACCGGGUGUGAGCGAUGGUACUGUAAUGCAUCACACUAGCGUCGCAGCCGCAAAACCGAUGAAACCGUAUAGUUUAAAAGUACCAGGAGCAACGUUAUCGAACGAAACUUAUCAACCUUGUCAAUUAUAUUCGCCAAAUUGGGUUGUUUUUCAGCCAAACAUAAUCAUCGAUGCAAAAUUGGGUUGCCUGUGGUUCGUCGAAUUGAAGUUGGAAGCUUUGGUAAAACUUAUCACGGAUAAAGUAUUGUUAGUUGAAUUUUUAAUGCAACGAACGAACGGAAAGCAUAUCUUAAUACAAGUGUUAAAAAAUUUCAUGAUACUGUUACCUAUUAGUUUAAUGGAUAUGCCAACGAUAUUCGACAAGUUGAAUUGUGUAUAUAGGAAUCAUUUAGAAAGCGAAAUACAAAAUCAGAUGGGAACACCUUUGCAAAAUAAUAUUAAAAAUCUGUGUACGAUAACAGAAGAUUACAAAUAUAAGCUGUCGCUUGAUCAAAGUGACAUGUACAGUUACAUAUUAUCGAAAUUUUCGGAAAAUACAAUCGAACCGAAAAUGAUUGUAUGGGUUCUAUUGGAAUAUAUUAGAUCUCUAGCUGAACACGAAAUACCCGUGCAACAUUAUUUACACGAAUUAAUUAUUACGACGUUAGUAGAACGUAAAGCAUAUUAUCAGCUUCACCAAUUAUUACAAUAUCACGUAGUGGUGGAUUCAAAACCUUUGGCAUGUCUGUUACUUUCUCUGGAAAAUCUAUAUCCAGCUGCGCAUCAGCUUGCUUUGGAUAUGCUUAAACGAGUUGGAAAUGCUCACGAGGAAAUAAUCGAAGUUCUUCUCUCGAAGGGUUAUAUUUUAGCAGCGUUGCGGUACGUCCGGUCAGUCGGAAUGGUAGAUCAAAUGUCUGCUAGGAAAUUCUUAGAAGCGGCAAAAGCAACCGAAGAUGCGACGUUAUUUCAUUCGGUUUAUAAAUUUUUCGAGCAACGUAACUUACGACUGCACAAUACUACAGCUUUUACAAAAGGAGAACACUGUCAGCCUUACGUUCAACAUUUCAAAUAUUUAUUCCAAGGGACAGAUAACGGUUGUAAUUCGGAUACAAACUCGAACGUGACAACGAUCUCGUCAUGAAAUUCUCAUCUUGUUGAUGCUUAUAUUUUUUUCAUAAUAAAAAUAAUGUGGAAUAAUUAAUAUGGAAUAGAUUUGAAAAAUAUAUGAUACAAGCAGAAGAUUUAUAA